AUGGAAUGUUUUAAUUGUAAACAAACAAUCCGAACUAGAGUGAUAAAUCGUCCAGGACUCCUUUCUUGGUUAAUUUGUGGGGCUUUAGCAUUAUUUGGAUGUUGGCCUUGUUGUGUAUUACCUUUUUGUAUGCAAUCUUGUCAGGUAAAUUAAUUG